AUGGUGAUCAAAAUGCACAACAGGACACAUACACUUUGGCCGGCAGCUCUGUUGACGACAAUAAUUUUGUUUGCAUGUUAUUUAAGUUUGACUUCAGCGCAGACGUCGCCCCCGUCAACAGAAUUCAAAGACGACAAUGUCAAAAAGAAGAAUGAUUCAGUUCGCUACCAAAUCAUCACUGUGAACUUUCCUUAUGUCGAAGUGCCUUACGUUAUCUGUUUAUGGAUUCUUCUAGCAAGUGUGGCUAAAAUAGGCUUCCACCUGUAUGACAAACUGCCUCACAUCUUUCCCGAAAGCUGCCUUCUAAUAAUACUGGGCAUCGUCGUGGGCAUGACGCUGUUCUAUACGGAGACGGCGAGCAUGCAACAGUACACGCUGGAUGCGAACACGUUCUUCUUGUUUCUGCUGCCUCCGAUCGUCUUCGAUGCUGGGUACAACAUCCCAAACAGGCCCUUGUUCAACAAUAUAGGAACCAUCCUGACAUUUGCUGUCGUCAACACGCUUUGGAACACUUUUGGGAUAGGUUUUGCACUCUGGGGUGCUUCCUACAUGGGCUGGAUUAACCGAGAGAUCGGAAUGUUUAGCUGUUGUGUGUUCAGUGCCCUUAUCUCUGCCGUUGACCCUGUGGCUGUAUUGGCAAUAUUUGAGGAGAUCCAAGUGAACGAGAUACUCUACAUCAUCGUUUUUCGGAGAGUCAUGUAUCGUAUGAUGGUCGGGUUUACUGCCAUCGGCGACCACGACGUGGAAGCAGUGGACUACGGUGCGGGAAUUGUACAAUUCUUUGUGGUUAUUGUUGGCGGGACCAUGAUCGGCAUAGUGGUUGGUAUCAUCGGCGUCAUCAUUACCAAGUACACAGACCAUGUUCGAAUCUUGGAACCACUCUUCGUUUUUGUCAUCUGUUAUAUUGGCUACCUGAGCUCGGAAAUUAUUGGACUCUCUAGCAUUUUAGCGCUGACCUUUAGCGGGGUCAUUAUGAAGCAUUACUCAGAGAACAACGUGGCCAAGAAAUCGGCCGUAACGGUCAAGUACUUCUCCAAGAUGAUGGCUACAAUUUCAGAGACAAUCAUCUUCAUGUUCCUAGGACUGUCCACUGUGACCGACUCCCACGAUUUUCAGCUGGAUUUUAUCCUGUUUUCGGUGUUUUUCUGUCUCUUCUUUCGUAUCACUGGUGUUAUUAUAUUGUCGGCUUUCCUCAACCGCUACAGAGUCAUUCGCAUGUCUGCCAUCGACCAAUUCAUCAUGGCCUACGGUGGUCUGAGGGGCGGGGUAGCAUUCUGCCUGGCUCUUCUGCUGAACAAAAGUGUUGUCCCAGAGAGAGAGCUUUACGUCACCACUACAAUGGUCAUCAUAUAUUUCACAGUUUUUAUUCAGGGAACUACAAUCAAGCCAAUAGUGAAUGCCCUGAAAGUAGAAAGAGCCGGUGAGAAAGAUACAUCCAUGAAUGAAAUUAUUCACAAGCGGUUCAUUGAUCACCUGAUGGCUGGCAUCGAAGGAUAUUGUCGGCAAAGCUGGACACAAUUCAUUCUACAACAAGUAAGUGGAAACCGACCUUGCCAGAUUUCCCAUCAUGUAACAGGUCCUUUGCAAAACGUCGCUCCUAUCACGGUCUGCCUGAAAGAAACUCGAUUUGACUAUUACAACACGAAAUACGUGAAGCCAUUUUUACUCCGAGAGAAGCCAAAGAUCCGUGACCCUUCCAUUUUGCGCACGUUCACAAAACUCAGCGUCCAAGAUGCCAAAGCUGCAGUCCGAGAGAUGACUCGUGAUUCGUCUGUUCCCAACUUAUCAGCGUUCGCCAAACCUAGGGCCAACAUGUUCAGUCGCCGGGCGACAAUAGCCGGGCCGGGUUCCCACGACCACUCAACAGUCGUCAAUCUAAAUUCAUCUGAUCCUUCCUUUACAAACAUUGCCGCUAUGGAAGAUACAUUACGGGACCCCAUGACAGAACAUAUGAGCAGCGUCUAUCCCCCCCCCCUCCCACACACACACACAUGCAAACCAAAUGGGUCACUGAUUGAUACCCACACAAGGAUUUUGGUAACUGGAAACUCCUAUCGGAUUUUUCAUCCU